CCUCACUAACCACCACAGCCAACCUAUCUCGGCAUGUCUGGCCUCCCAAGACCAGGCGCACCGGCGGUGAAGCGCACGACAUCCACCAUGCGCCCGCCAGCAUCGCGACAGGCAACCAACAACUUUCUCCGUGGCCGCUCUGCCACACCCAUGCUUGAUGGGCGCACAUCUCGAGCAGAAUCAGUAGCUUCGACUAGGACAAGAGGCACACCACGCUCGUCACCACUUAAGAGGAAAGCAACCGACUUUGAAGAUGCCGGGCAAGAGACAAAUAUCAACGUCGUCGUUCGGUGUCGUGGUCGCAAUGACCGCGAAGUGCGCGAGAACAGCGGUGUUGUCGUCUCUACCAACGGCAUCAAGGGCAACACAGUCGAGCUUUCCAUGGGACCCAGCGCACUCAGCAACAAGACAUACCAGUUUGACAAGGUCUUCUCACCUGCCGCGGACCAAGGCAUGGUCUUCGAUGAAGUCGUUGCACCUAUCAUAGACGAGGUUCUCGAUGGCUUCAACUGCACAAUCUUUGCGUACGGUCAAACCGGUACAGGAAAAACAUAUACGAUGACCGGUGACAUUUCCGACGUCCUUCCUCUUCCUGACGCCGCUGGUAUCGUCCCUCGUGUGCUUUACGCACUUUUCGAUAAACUCAACCAAGAGGAGACCGAGAACUCCGUCAAAUGCUCCUUCAUCGAACUAUACAACGAAGAGCUGCGCGACCUUUGUGCUGUGGACGACUCAGUAAAGCUGAAGAUUUUCGACGACAAUAGCAAGAAGGGCCAGACUACAACAAUGGUCCAGGGCAUGGAAGAGUGCCAUCUGAAGACCGCUCGAGAAGGUAUUCAGCUCUUGCGCUCAGGUUCCCACAAGCGUCAGGUGGCAGCGACAAAGUGCAACGAUCUGAGUUCUCGAUCGCACACAGUCUUUACCAUCACAGUCUACAUCAAACGCACCACGGAAGAUGGCCAGGAAUAUCUGAGCGCGGGAAAGCUGAACCUGGUCGAUCUCGCUGGUAGUGAGAACAUUCAACGCAGUGGCGCAGAGAACAAGCGCGCUGCUGAGGCCGGUCUGAUUAACAAGAGUUUGCUCACUCUAGGUCGCGUUAUCAACGCACUCGUCGAACGCAGCUCUCACAUUCCGUAUCGCGAAUCGAAGCUGACGCGACUCCUACAAGACUCGCUCGGUGGACGAACAAAGACAUGCAUCAUCGCAACUCUGUCGCCGGCGAAGAGUAACCUCGAAGAGACGAUUUCCACGCUCGACUACGCUUUUCGUGCGAAGAACAUUCGAAACAAGCCUCAAGUCAACCAGGCGAUUAACAAGAAGACUCUUCUGAAGGAGUUCACGGCUGAGAUCGAGAAGCUGAAGAGCGAACUUAUAGCCACACGGCAGCGCAAUGGUGUUUACCUUACCCAGGAGAACUACGAGGAGAUCACCACGAUCAGCGAGUCGCGACGCAUCCUUAGCGAGGAGCAACGAGACCGAAUCGAGACGAUGGAAGUCAACCUACGCAACAGGGUAGAGGAGCUGUUCAAGAUCACAACGAACUUCCAAACCCUGAAGAAGGACAACGAGCAGACUCAACUAGCUCUGGAGGGUACAAAAGGCAUACUGGAGAAGACCGAGAUCGUAUUGGAGCACACACGCCAGAAUCUGGCUGAAGAGGGGGAGCUACGGAAGGCGCACGAAAAGACCGAGGGUGAACUUGCAGAGAUAGGUUAUGGCAUGAUCUCAACACUCGGCAAAACCACCUCAGACCUCGAUGGUCUGCGAUCGAAGAUUCGCAGGAAAUCAGAACUGCAAUCCCAGAACCGUCGUAACUGGGCUACGUCGCAAAACCACGUCCUGGACACAACUCGAAUGGUCGAGGACCGAAUCGAAGAGUUCCAGCAACAGCAAGAGCAGAUCAUGGACCUUCUCUCGGCUCGUAUGCAAGAUUUUGUCAGAGAUGAACUUGAGAAGCUCGGCGCAUCGCAGACUUUCUUGCAGGAGAAGAUGCAGGCAUACCAGACAUCAGAGCAGGAAGUUAACCAGCAGACCGCCAAAACCCGUGAAGACAUGAACGAGGUCCUGGAAGAGAUCAAGACACUGCGUGAGGAUGUCAAGUCGAAGAUUGGCUCCGGUCUCGAUGAGCUCUCCUCUGCAGCGGAGCAGAUCUCAGCCAACAUCAUCACCGAACUAGACGGUUUCAGAGAUGAACUACAUCAGUCCUACGCAAAUUUGGGGCGCGACUUCAAGGCCACAUUCGAUGGGCUUGUCAAGAGUCUCAACGCACAACAGGCAGAGAACGACCGCUUGCAUGCGCAAGUUCUUGAGGCAAAUGCAGCCUUGCUGGCCGCUAACAACCACACUCAAGGACGACUGGCACAAGUUGUCGACGAGGAGAAGCAGAAAUCUGCCGAAGAGCGCCAGCAGCUACUACAACAGAUCACUGCGCUCAUCGGAGCUAACGCAGACGCUCAAGACCAACGGAUGAAUGAGAAGCUCGCUUCUGUUGGUGCAGAGCUUGGAGCUGCAAACGCAGUCUUCGAAACACAACAAAGUGCAUACACAUCCGGCGUCGAGGCUUGGAACAACCAGUCUAAGAGCAUCGUAGCUGGCGUCACAACAUCGAGAGAUUCCAUGAAGACCAAGCUUCGAGGCGACUACGAGAUGGCGACGCAACAUUCGGAUUUGCUCAAGGAUACCACCACAUCUGUGCACGCAAGUACAGUGAAGACGGUGGAAGCCCAGAUGGCACAUCUUGACACACAACUGCACUCUCUCGAUGACAUUGUCUCUCGCAUUCGCGAGCAAAACAACGUUCAUCACGCCGCGCAUACUGCUUCGCUCGCAACGCUGUCGUCCACGGUGCAGACGUCGUACUCCAGCAUUGGCGAACACCUCUCGACGUCUUUCGAACGCGUCCAGUCCCUCGAGAACGAUGUGUCAGCACAACAGAGUACCCUCAAGGAGACUCUGACCUCAUUGUCUGCCGAUGCCACGAUCCGCGCACCUCUUCACGAGCUCCGCGAGACCGUUGGCGCACAGAACCUCAUGGAGUACAAACCAACCGGUCAAACGCCCCAACGCGUCAACUACCACAUUCCCUCCAACCUCCCCCGAACCGAAGACCACGAGACCAUCCUCUCCCGCCUGCGCGACCGCCCCACCUCCUCAGACCACACCCCCCGCAGCCCAACCAAACAACCCGUCUUCAUCGAUGCCACCUCCUCCGCCGACUCCACCACCGAGCUCUUCUUACCCGCAAAACCCGACUUCACACGUUCCAUCAGUGCGCACACCCAAAACCACACCGCGCCCAUCUCCCUCCGCGAGCUCGACGUUAACAUCGUCGCGCAGGAAUCCGCGCACACCCAGCCUCUGCCGCUCGUUUCAAGGUCGAGCGAUUCGGUCGUUAUGGCUGCGCCGCCGAAUAAGAAGCUCAAGGGUAGCGAGGAGGGGAGUAAGUUGCCAAUGAAGAAGAUGAUGCGGAAGACUGUUGGUGGCGGGGUGGGGAAGGAGGAGAGGGAGAAUUUGAGUAUUACGAAUUUUGCGAGCUCGAUUGGGCCGGGGCAGGUUGGUGGGAGGCGGUUGAGGAGCCAUGGUAGCAGCUAGGCCACUUGACUUGGGCCUGUGUAGUAGUUGAAUCCUUUUGUAUAGGCGUUUGUUCAUAUUUGUCUGGGGAUUUGGUAACGGCGUUCAGUCUAGUAGACGCCUUUGCACUACACAGUGUUGGUUGAGUGUUUGAGCUUCCUCUCUGCAUUUUUUUGGUGUAG